CCGAGCUGGGAGGUGUGGGGCGCCGGGAGCCGCGACGCCCGGGUCCAGGUGGCGCGGUGGAGCUUUGUGUCCUGGGGCCGCAAGGAAAUGGAAGCAACCUGAUCCACGUGACCUUUUACAGGUGGGCAGAUAAGGCCUAGAGGGAACCUGCCGACAUGGCUGAACAUGGGACUGAUGAGCCGUCUUCAAGGACAGGGAGUCCCGAUGGAGAAGGCCGGGCCUCUGGGGACAGACUGUCGCUGCAUCAGAGGCUGGCUGUCAGGGAGCUCAUUGACACUGAGCUCUCCUACCUGCACCUGCUCCGGCUCUGUGCCUCUGACAUCAGGAGCCGCCUGCAGCAGCUGCCUGAGGGAGAUCUGGAUGUCCUGUUCUCAAAUAUCGAGGAUGUCAUUGAGGUGAACAGCAGAUUUCUUCAUGAUCUGCAAGAGACAACAUCCAGGGAAGAGGAACAAGUGUACUUAAUUGGCAACUUGUUCCUGGAAUUCCAAGAGGAGCUGGAGCGAGUCUACAGGGUCUACUGCGCCAGCUACGACCAGGCCUUGCUGCUGGUGGAGACCUACCGGAAGGAGCCGGAGCUGCAGCGAGAGAUCCAGAGCGUCAUCGAGGCCGUGGUGCCACAAGCUGGGCCCUCGGGCCUCAGUUUCUUACUGGUGAUCCCUCUUCAGAGGAUUACAAAGUACCCACUGCUGCUGCAGAAAAUCCUGGAGAACACAGUCCCUGAUGCCAGUGCUUACCCUGUGCUUCAGAGGGCUGUCUCUGCCCUCCAGGACGUGAACACCAACAUCAAUGAGUACAAGAGGCGCAAGGAAGUGGCCUCCAAGUAUGCCAGAGUGGAGCAGCUGACCCUCCGGGAGAGGCUGGCCCGCCUCAACACACACACCCUCUCCAAGAAGACCACUCGGCUGAGCCAGCUGCUGAAGCAGGAGGCCGGGCUUGUGCCCAGGACGGAAGACAAGGAAUUUGACGAUUUAGAAGAGAGGUUCCACUGGGUGUCACUGUGUGUGACUGAGAUGAAGAACAAUGUGGCCGUUUACCUGGAUAAUCUGGAGACUUUCCUCCGCUUCUGGCCCCAGGAGUGCAAUCUGGACAUCGCUGGAGGGCCCAUGCCGGAGUACUGCAGCCUCAUGCGAGAGCUCCAGCUCCAGGCCUUCCCACGCUUCAAGCAGCGGCUGGAAGGCCUGGUGUGGCAGCCAUUGUGCAGCCUGGCCAAAGCCCUGGCCGGCCCUCAGAACCUGGUCAGGAAGCGUCUGGACAAACUCCUGGACUUCGAGAGGGUGGAAGAAAAGCUGUUGGAGGUGGGCAGCGUGACGUACGAGGAGCAGGAGGCCCGGCACACGUACCAGGCCCUCAACUCCCUGCUCAUGGCCGAGCUCCCGCAGCUGAACCGGCUGGCCAUGCGCUGGCUGGGCCAGAUCCUGUGCACCUUCGUGGGCCUCCAGAGGGACCUCGCAGAGCAGGUGCUGCAGUGGGCAGAGGGCAGCUUGGCCCAGCUGCCCCACUACCACCUCUCCGAGCCAGCCUUCUGGAAGCUGGUGGAGGACACCCUGGGCCAGAAUGGUCACCAGCUUCGCUCCUUUCAAGAGAACUUUGAGAAAGUGCUGCCACCUCCCACCGUACAACCACUCCUUCCAGGGGCUGAACGCCAGGUGCAGGCUCUCCUGAGCAGGUACGGCCCAGAAAAGCUGUACCAGGUGACAAGCAACAUCAGCGGGGCUGGGACUCUGGACCUGACGCUGCUGCGGGGCCAGGUUGUGGCUCUCCUUCAAAACAAGGACACCAAAGGCAACAGCAGCCGCUGGCUGGUAGACACCGGGGGACAUCGAGGGUAUGCGCCAGCUGGGAAACUGGAGCUGUACCAUGUCAUCUCCGGUCAGGAGGAAAUCAAAGGGCAGGAGAGGGCUCACCAGGACUCCUAUCACCUGGCACCAGAGCCCAUCCCAGCCCCUGUGCCCUCUCUCCCAACGGUGACCCAGGUGGUGGCGGUGUACCCCUUUGUGGCCAGAAGCAGCCAUGAAGUGAGUCUGCAGGCGGGCCAGCUGGUGACUGUCCUAGAGGCCCAGGACAAGAAGGGGAACCCGGAAUGGAGCCUCGUGGAAGUGAACGAGCAGAAGGGAUAUGUGCCUUCCAGCUUCCUGGCCAGGGCCCCAAGCCCAGCUCCGUGGGGCUGGAGUCUGCCCUCCUAGGGUGCCUGCUGUGGUGCCCGGGCUGCCAAGGGACAGGGAGGCUUGGAUGCUAGGACCCUGUGAGAGGAAGGAAUCCAAGAGAAGGCGGGGGUGAGAGGGGAGAUCAGGCCUAGGUGGGGUGAAGGGCAGCCAGUAGAAGUGGGUGGGCCUUGCAGGCAUACCCGGCGUGGGUGAGCAGGAAAGGCUCCAGCCAGAGCCGCUCACCAGGUCUG